AUGCUUCAUGCUGCGUGUUCUGGUGGGUCCGUGUUUAUCGUAAACUAUCUCCUGAAUCAUAAGGUAGCUGGCCUAGAGAGUAGAGGUGAAGAUGGGGAGACCCCAGUGAUGGUGGCAGCAAAGAACGGACAGAAGCAAGUGUUUGAUAUCCUUGUGAAGAAAAGAUGCAACCUGUCAGUUGUGGAUGAUCUAGGUGACACUGUUCUCCAUGCUGCAUGUUGUAGUGACAGUGUGGAUAUGGUCACAAACCUUCUGUCAAAAAAGAUGGUCGACAUUGAGAGCAGAGGUGAGGAUGGGUUAACACCAGUUAUGUGCGCAGCAAUGGAAGGGCAGACCGAGGUGUUCAAUGCACUGGUAAGUCAGGGGUGUGACCUUUCCGUGGUUGAUGAUGAGGGUGAAAAUAUCCUGCAUGCUGCUUGUUACAGUAACAAUGUCACGAUCGUUAAGGACAUCCUUUCACGGAAGUUAGUUGACAUCAACAGUAAAGGUGAUGAUGGAGACACGCCGUUGAUGGUGGCAGCACGAGAAGGCAAUAGGAAAGUCUUUGAUCUUCUCCUUUCAAAGGACUGUGAUCUCUUGGAGGUUAGUGAUGGUGGCAACAUCCUUCAUGCUGCAUGUCUCAGCAACGAUGCAGUAUUAGUUAAGGACAUUUUGUUACGUGGUAUUGCUGACAUUGAAAGUAAAAAUAACAAUGGAGCAACACCAGUGAUUUUGGCAGCAGAGGCAGGUCAAAGAAAGUAUUUGAUCUACUUGUGGGACAAUAACAACAUGCUACAUGCUGCAUCUUAUGGAGGCAGUGUCCAGAUUGUUGAGAGUAUUCUUUCACGUAAAGUAGCUGACAUGGAGAGUAGAGGAGAAAAUGGUGCAACACCGGUGAUGUUAGCAGCAAAGAGUGGACAAAGGAAAGUCUUCGAUCUGCUGGUGAGGAAUGACUGCAAUUUGUCAGAGAAAGAUGACUCAGACAGAAACAUACUCCAUUAUGCUUGCGUAAGUGACAAUGUACAGAUUGUGGAGUACAUCAUCUCACAAGGCUUAGAUGAUCUAAACAGCAAGGAUGAAAAUGGGCAAACGCCAAUGAUGGUGGCGGAAAAGGAGGCCACCAGCCAGCCAGCCAGCCAACCAACCAGCCACUGGAGCUCACCCGAGGUGUUUGGCCUCAUCCUAACGAGGUACUGCCCAGUCACAGCUGCUGGACUGUGA